UCCCCCCACAGCGCAUCGCAGCCAGCCAGCUGUCAGUGGGGCUGCAGUACUGGGGCCAGUCUCUCCAUGGCGCUAUGGACCUCAGUGGAGACAACAUUCCAGACCUGGCUGUGGGCUCUCUGGGGAAGGUGCUGGUGCUAAGGUCCAGACCCGUGAUCAGGGUAGAGGCCACUGUGACCUUCAGCCCGAAAAUAAUCAAGCAGGAGAAUGAGAACUGCCAGAGCCGAAAGCAGUUCAAAGCCCACGUCUGCUUCACGCUGACCAAGGUCACCAAAGACAGCAAUGACAUCCAGUCCACCAUCAGCUACAACCUCACCCUGGAUAAGACACGCACACGUUUCCGGGCGUACUUCACCCCCAAGAACCGCAUGGCCAACAGUUCAUUCACUGCCCGCCUGCGGACUAAUUGCCAGGAUCACACCUUUUAUGUUCCUGUAAGU